CGUAAUUUUUAAUAUUCUUUUGAUAACUAGUCGCUGAAAGUAGUCAUGUCGAAUUACAGUCUAAGAGCUGUAUCGUAUGAUGCUUUGGUCCAUCAAAAAUAUCAAGAUAUCCGCUAUACAAUUAUUACAAAUGCCAAUGAUAAACAGUUUGAAAUAUUUUUACCAUCAUUUACAUUGAUUAUAAUCUUGAUGGUUAUUGGAAUACCUAGUAAUAUAUUAACUUUGCUUGUAUAUACUCGGCGUUUAAAGAAAGCUAUUGCUAGACAAUUUCUUAUAACGCUGGCGACAUGUGACUUUCUAACAUGCGCGGUUGUCAUGCCAACAGAACUUGUGAUAAUGACACACUUUUUCGAUUUGGAUUUAAGAUGGUUGUGCAAGUCCUUUCGGUGGUUUGCCUACAGCGUGAAUAAUAUAUCAAGUCUUACACUACUAGCAAUUGCUUUUGAACGUUACAGACUAGUCUGCAAGCCUUGGAAACCAAAAUUUACAGAUGCAACAUCAAGGCGCAUGUGUUAUGUGAAUAUUAUAAUAUCGGUUGCUAUUGCGUUACCAAUGUUUUUCGUCUACGGAACACAAACUAUUCCGUUAUUUGCAAUACAAAAUAUUACCGACGGUAACAGAUUUAAUACAUCUGUGGAAGGUCUAGAUGUUCUGAUUGACGGAAAGUCAUGUUUAAUGGAUGAUGCAAUGGAACAAUUAUCAUUUCCAUUUUCUGUCGUGACGUCAGUGGCAUAUAUUUCGUCAAUUAUAAUAAUAUUCCUGGCCCUCAUAGUACUCUAUAGUCACGUCAUAAACUCUUUGGCAAAGCGCCGGAAGGAAUCGUUGUGUCAAAAGGAAGGGAAAAUGAAAGAGACGUCGGCAAACCGGAUACAGAAGAUAACAUUUAUGAUGAUAAUUCUUACACUGUUAUUUGAAAUUUGCUACCUCCCAUGUUUAAGUGUCGUCUGCUUACGUCUUAGUAAACCUGCAUAUUACAACAAACUCUCGACAGCUGGGAAAACAGUUUUUCAAUUGCUGUUAAAGUCCUAUCUUUUAUGUUCAGCGUUGAACCCGUUUGUCUAUUGUUUUUGUAACAACGAAUUUUUAGAAGGAUUGUUAUCUAUUCUAAAGGCAGCGUUUCCUUUCCUUUGCAGAAAUCAAUCGCGAUUAAGCUCCGAAAAACAUGGCUCAGUUCUUAAGGUAGAAGAUAGUAACAAGUUGCCAUCAACAAACAAAACUGAAACUAUAGAAAUACUGUAAAUGUAAAUCUUUCUGAUUCAAAAUUUAAUCAGGUUAAUAUCGAAAUGUUCCAGAAAAUUUAAAGAAACUUAUUUUCAACAUGUAAGUAAAAUUCAAAUUCUUAACCAUGAGCUCGUGUUAUUUUGUAAAAUUUCAAAAACCACAUAAGAAGUGUCAUGAUUAUACAUUAAGAGCCUUUCGGAUCGCUUGCAUGUGUUAUGUACAUCAGUGACGCCAUUUUACAUUGCUUUACGUAUGAUGUACAAAAUAUAAACGAAGCAUUUCGUUUAUUUCUUGUGUUUAUAUAUAGUUUAUGUAUAGCUUUUGUUCAUAUUUUAUACAAGCGUUUUGAAACAUUAUUGUUUACAAUAUAUUGUGUAUAUGCUUUGUCGUUGUUUAACUAUACUAAACGUUUUAAAUUAGAUAAUCCAAAACAGUGUCGUCGAACUGAGACAUUGAUUUAAUUUUGACAGAAAUUUACAUUACAUGUAUAUGAUCACGUUUAUGUUCUAUAUAUUGUAUGUUGUAUAUCUCACAACGACGGCAUAUAUUAAGUAUAGAUCUGAUUUAAUUAAACCAAAGCUUAUUAUUGGAUUAGAAAUAUCAUUGAGUACAGGAUUAUGCACUACCUACUUUUCAUUAAAACAGUGAAGUUUUUGUUUUAUGCAUAGAAAUAUUAAUUGUAGAGCGUGGUAGCAACAUAUUUAAAGUAGAAAACACGUAUGGCGUGCCAUGUAGAAAAUAAGAUGAUAUAUGAAUUUCUGCUUUAAUAACUCUUUUACUUUUGCUAUCUUUUAAACAUAUAACAUAUUUGCAACCCUACAAUAUAUAUCAAUAUGAUACAUGUAGCGUUCAUAAGAGUUUUAUGAAUUCAAAUAAUGUUUUGCAUAAUUUACAGUGUCAAGCAUAAUGUUUGAUUGACUUAAAUGAUAUUGAGAUAUGUGUAUAAUAUAUGGACAAAAAAUAAAGAAAAUGUACAUUGACUCAGAAAUAAAUGAAAUAGAACAAACAUUUAAUAUUGGAAACGGCUGCCAUAUAAACAAAAUUGAUAUGUCAAGCAAGGAAAGUAGUGAAGUUCUGAACGUAACAGGCUAAAGAUGUGUAUCAUAGAGUGAGUGAUAUAGUAAGUCAAUAAUUCUCCUUCAUUUCCGUAAAAAAAUCCUCUAUUGUGUUAACUUGUAAGCUGAUAAAACAACACAAAUAUAGGUAAUUAACCCAAAAGAAAAAAAUAUAAUUUAUCAUUAUUAAGCCUUAUCAUAACAGACAUAAAUGUUGUGAUAAUGGUAUAUAUAAUGCGAUUAUAUUAUAUCUUAUUCAAGCUGUACUGCAGUAAUGAUAAUAGAUUUAUGAAAUGGUGAACGAGAUAAAUGAAAUAUCAAUGACAUUAUUGAAAAGAAAAGCAAUGAGGUUAAGAGAAGCAUAUAACUGUAAAUAUACUUGAACUGUGAGAAAUUUCUUCCAAAACGUAUUUGUAGUCAAACAGGUUUUAAGUUUAGAAAUGUAAGAUAUUAGGGGAAAAUACUUUUAGAAUAUUAGGAUUAAAAUGAACUAUGUCAUGGCAAUAACCUUUGAAUCCGAUUUGGUUUUACAACCGUGUUGUUAUAAAAUUUUGUUCUAUCCGCUUCUUGUUUUCUUAUUCCUAAAUUCUUGGAAUAACGAAUUUUCACAUUAAAAUCGCUAAGUUAAACAUGUAACAUCAAGUUGCUGAUUAUUUUAUAUUACAUCAAGCGCAUAAUGUCAAUAAUUUUGAAUAGCUUAUUUCUGUUUAUUGUCAAUGAAGAACAACAAUAAUAUUUGCAGAUAACAAUAUCAAUUUCAAUAUUUCGAAAAACAAUAAUGAACAGACAAAUGAAAAUGUAAAUGUUUGACAUGUAGAAAAUUGAAGCGACAGGUUCUUGAUAUUUUGUUCUUCUCAUAUACUUUCGUGGGCUUUGAAAUGAAUAUUGAAAUCAA